AUGGCCCGAGUCCCUGGACGUCAAUCAUCCCUCCCUCCCCCCACUCCACUCAACAACAACCCGCUGCUGGCCGUCCGUCGGGCAGGUUCCAUACCUAGGGUGAUGUGUUCUGAAAAUAGUUCCAUGUCAUGUAUGCGUAACACAAACCGCUCACCACCAAAAGCCGCAACCGAACUUUCAAUCUCCCCGGGUUCAAAGGCUGGCUGUGCUUGCUACCUUGAUCAUCGGCCAUCCUCCGAGCCCACGAAGCCCCAAAACUCUUGA